AUGAACGACGAAUUAAUUAUUUUAUUAGUGGAAAAGUGCCCACAUCUGUACGAUCGCUCGUUGAAAGAGUACAAAGAUAAACUAUUAAAAGAAAAUAGUUGGCUUUCAAUAGCCGAACAUCUGCAGUGUGAUGUUGAAAUGGUAACAAAAAGAUGGGACAACCUAAGGGAUCGAUUAAUAUCCUCCAUAAAGGCUGAAACACCAUCUACAGGUGAAAAAAGAAAAUUUACCCCAGAAGUAAUUGUUUUGGAACAAGAGGCUGAGGAAGUAGAGAUGGAUUUAACUAGUACUCUAGGAACUUCUAAUUCUUUUAUUGAAAGACCAGAGCCCACUUAG